GAAGGGAGGGGAGAGAGAGAGAGAAAAGAGGGGGAGCACAUGUGUAUGCUUGUCACUGAGGGGCUGGGAGAAGGACUAAGGGAAGCGAGGUAGCUGGCCACAGCCGCCAUAUGCUGACUGGAUUCCUGUUCAUGUCUGCUGCGUGAAGACUGUAGGUUUCUGUUGUGUGCUGGCCGGCUGGGGAACACACCAUGGGAAGCUCACAUCUCCUCAACAAAGGCAUGCCUCUAGGCAUCAGGCCACCCAUUAUGAAUGGGCCUAUGCACCCGCGCCCCCUGGUGGCGCUGCUGGACGGGCGCGACUGCACUGUGGAGAUGCCCAUCCUGAAAGACGUAGCAACCGUGGCCUUCUGUGACGCUCAGUCCACACAGGAGAUCCACGAGAAGGUGCUGAACGAAGCUGUAGGAGCUCUGAUGUACCACACCAUCACUCUGAUGAGAGAAGAUCUAGAAAAGUUUAAAGCUCUGCGCAUCAUCGUCCGCAUUGGGAGCGGCUAUGACAACAUUGACAUCAAAUCUGCCGGGGAACUGGGCAUAGCUGUAUGUAAUAUGCCAGCAGCCUCAGUGGAGGAGACGGCAGACUCCACGCUGUGUCACAUCCUCACCUUGUACCGACGUACCACCUGGCUGCACCAGGCUCUCCGGGAGGGCACACGGGUUCAGAGCGUGGAGCAGAUCCGAGAGGUGGCGUCAGGAGCCGCGAGGAUCAGAGGAGAGACACUGGGACUUAUUGGGCUUGGUCGAGUGGGCCAGGCUGUAGCCCUGCGAGCCAAGGCCUUUGGCUUCAAUGUGAUCUUCUAUGACCCUUAUUUGGCUGAUGGUGUAGAAAGAUCCCUGGGACUACAAAGAGUCACCACACUACAGGACCUGCUCUUCCACUCCGACUGUGUCUCUCUGCACUGCAGUCUCAAUGAACACAACCACCACCUGAUCAACGACUUCACCAUCAAACAGAUGCGACAGGGGGCGUUCCUGGUGAACACAGCCAGGGGGGGUCUGGUGGAUGAGAAGGCCCUGGCUCAGGCCCUGAAGGAAGGAAGGAUACGUGGAGCUGCUCUGGAUGUUCAUGAGACAGAGCCGUUCAGUUUCAGUCAGGGCCCGCUGAAGGACGCUCCCAAUCUGAUCUGCACCCCACAUGCUGCCUGGUACAGCGAACAGGCAUCGCUGGAGAUGAGAGAGGAGGCAGCCAGGGAGAUCCGAAGAGCUAUCACAGGUCGUAUCCCAGACAGUCUGAAGAACUGUGUGAAUAAGGAGUUCCUCACCCAGAACAACCACUGGGCAGGAGUUGACCCAGCUACCGUCCACCCCGAGCUCAACGGGGCUUAUAGGUAUCCCCCAGGAGUGGUGAGCUUGCCAGCUGGCGGCCUCCCGCCACCUGUUGAAGGCAUUGUGCCCAGCGCCGUGCCCAUCACACACACCCUCCCGCCUGCUGUCACACACCCUCCUCAUGCACCGUCCCCCGGACAAAAUACAGUCAAGCCACCAGAGGGCGACAGAGAGCAGCAUCCGAACGACCAACUGUAGCCACACACACACAAACACACAUACAUACACACACACACACACACACACAUACACACACACGCUUGCCAGUGUUGUAUGGUGACCGGAGGAGGUUGGCAUGGCAACCAGGAUUGUGGACAUAAGUUCCCCUAGUGACAAGUGUUAUCAGACAGGUUCACAGAGUGUCAGAGCGACAGGUUAAGGUCCCAAUAACAAUCGAUUCACAACUCUCUGGCAAUUGGUUCCCAGCAGCCAGUUCACACUCCAAAGAGGAAGAAGAAGAAGAAGAAGAUGAUGAUGAUGACGACAAAGAGGAUGAUGAGGAGGCAUGGAUAGCCGCCAGAUGCUCUGAUCAAAGAGGAAGACAAUUGUCCUCUGCUCCAACUAGAAGUCCUCAGAAAGACUGUAAAGAUCCACAGGUUUAUCUUCACAUAACAACUACAGUAUAGUCCAGUUUUAAGUUUUUUCUGCCAGAAGUAAAAAAAACAAACAAUAACUAUCUGUUGAUUUGGAAAGAAAAAAUACUGAAUCAAAUUCUGCUGUCUUAGACUGUAGUGUGUCCAAGGUUAGAGGGACCUGUUUCAUGUCUUUCUCUCUUUUUCUGUGUCCUUUCCUUAGUUUGAUGUACAAGCAAAAGUAGUAGGUUAUGAAAUGAAUGUAACCUGUCUGUGUACAGUUUUUAGACUUACGGCAAGAAGAUACUGAUAUUUGUAUUCCAGUCUUAACAAAAACAACGGUUAUGUGCUCUCUCUAUGUAGCCAAACUGAAAAUACAAUAUUUGUUUGUUUUUUUUAUGUGUCCCCAAAUUAAUAACCCCCCCAAAAAGAGGCAGCUUUUUGCACACCAUCUCAGGAAAUUAAGUUUCCGCAGUUGGUAUGUUAUUUUUUUUAUUUUAAUUUUAUUCCGUUUUAUGCCACUUAGUGCUUUUGUUUUUCUACCUGCUUGCCUUUUCGUGUCCCGUUACAUUAGAAAAAGAACUUUAACAAGAGAUAAAGUUGUAAUCUAAUGUUCACUUUUGUUUGUUAUGUUUAAGGGGCAUAUGACUUUGCUCUUGGGACUUGUGUUAAUGUUUGACCCAAAUCGAGGGGGUUGUGGGAGGAAAGGCUGUAGGGAGGUGGCAUGAUGGUAUGCUUGGCUGGGACGACUUCAUCCUUAGUCAUGAUGUGAAUUUACAAAAUAGAGUGGUUGGGUUAAUUACUUUGAAGGACAAAGCAUGUUGUGGAUGAGGCAAUGCACUGAGAGAUUGUAGCAGCUUACAGCUUGAGAAACAGUCUCAUAAAAGGUUAUUAUCUUUGUCUUCUUCGUGUCUAAUGAUCCAGUACUUCCACUAUUACACAUAUUAAUUGUCCAGGUCAAGGAGCAUAAGCAGUUCAGCACAAAGUUUUACGAAUGAUGAACAUUGGUGAAUCAGUGUGUUGGUUUAUGAUGCUAAACCAAUAUUUUACUGAAGUUGCCCUUCUAGCUACGGAUCUGUCAAAUCAAUCAAUCAGACUUGUGAAAAACUGCAUCAACAAACUCUAUAUAUCAGAUAUUCAACUGCACUGCUUUCUGCCAAAACCAUUUUUAGUUCCUAUUUGAAGUUAAACUCACUUGUACAGAUGUCACAUCCAGUUGAGGACAGUUAAUGGUUACUGACUGAUGAGGAAUAGUUGUGUUCUUGAAGUAAGGUCAUACCAAAUUUUCCUAUUUUUGAUCUGCUCCCAAACCGACCUUUUAAGACUAUACUAAUACUAUAUGGCUUGUCAGUUCGAUAAAUUAACCAGAAGGGGAACGACCUGCUCGUGAGAGCAACAAACUAUGGUUUUACACCGUGAGAGACAUCAUAUAUGCACAACAAAGUAAAGACGUUUAAUGAUAGCAUGUCAGAACGUUCUGAUUUCUCCAGUCUAGUAUCCCUUUAACAUUUCAUGAUGGGCCCUUCCUGAGUAUACUGUUUAGCCACCCUCUGUGGCCUCUGUGUCUAUGUGUACAUAUGGUGUUCUGCCUGCCUGUGUCAAUGUGACUUGGUUGUAUCUGUGUCUAAAAAAAGCAGCACUGGGAGGAGGGGUGGUGGCUAGUACUCUCCACAAGGCAUCAUUACAAAGACUGCCAUCUAAAUACACAACUAAACACUAUGUGAAAAACUAAAAAUGCUUCAAACUAGACUUCAAAUCUAAGCUAGCAAACUGAUCUACACCUUUUACAAGGUGCUGAUAUUGUUAUGUCAGUAGUAAAAUAUCUGAACCUCUUUGUCUAUUUGGAAUAUUUAUUAAUGAUUCCAGUUCAUGUGUUGUUGAUGUUAGCAGGCCAGCUAAGUGACGGUGCUUUUUGGAUCCCCUUCUACCAGCAGCUGAGUAGUAAAAACAGUUCACUGUUGCCUACCUGGUCUUCUUUAUGGUGAGGUAGUAAGAGUAGCAAUCAGGGAUGGAAAUUUCACUAGCCACUGGGGAGUAUUUUACAGCCCAGGCUAGUGCUGAGGUCUCACUGGCCAGAAUCUGAAGGGGGUGUCUAGUUGAGAAGGUACUAAGGUGACAUUUAAUUAUCACUGUCAGACUAGAGCUCCAAAAUCCCGAAAUGAAUGCUGGAAUAUUUUGAAUUUUGCUCUUAAUCUUUCCUCACCAGAUGCCUGUCGUUAUGGGGGGACUCUUUGCUAAUACUUCCUAAUGUAAACUGUAAGCAUUCCUCAUUCAAACUGAUGGGUGCCACAAGUAAAAACAACAGACUAACUUUUAACGUGUCGAGGUGCUCCUUGAAAUUCCAUCCCUGGUAGUAACACACAGUCCACUGUUGCCUACCUUGGUCCCCUUUAUGGUAAAGUAGUAGGCGUAGCAAUAUACAGUAUACAUAUUCUAUAUUCUACAGUAAAUAUCAUUAUUUUUGGUCAAAACUGACAACCUGACAAAGAUAUGUUUGUGACUGUAUGCAUUUGUAUGAAUUAUUUUAAAAGGAAAUAAACUGUGGAAAGGUGAA